AUGCCCAAGAGCCAACAACAGCAGCAGCAGCAGCAGCAGCACCGCCCGCGGCAGGGCAAGGCCGCCGCCUCACAAGGCCCCGGCGUGGGCCGCCUCGUGGGCGUGCUCGCGCUGCUGACGGCGCUGCUCUCCUCGAUGGUGUAUCUGAUGGAGCAGAACCUGGACAAGUUCUACGUCUUUGAGCUGGACCACCUGCACGACCUGUCGAGGCGGGGCAUCGCGGCGCAUGGCAACGACACCAAGGCUGUGGUCAAGUACAUUGUCGACGAGCUCGCCGAGAAGGUGCCCGCGCAUGUGAACCUCGAGGAGGAGUGGGUGUUUAACAACGCGGGAGGUGCCAUGGGUGCCAUGUACAUUAUCCAUGCCAGUAUCACAGAGUAUCUCAUCAUUUUCGGCACCGCCGUCGGCACAGAGGGCCACACGGGCCGGCACACGGCCGACGACUACUUCCACAUCCUGUCGGGCACGCAAAUGGCCUACGUGCCGGGCGAGUACGAGCCGGAGGUGUACCCGCAGGGCAGCAUGCACCACCUGCGCCGCGGCGUGGUGAAGCAGUACAAGAUGCCCGAGAGCUGCUUCGCGCUCGAGUACGCCCGCGGCUGGAUCCCGCCCAUGCUCUUCUUCGGCUUCGCCGACGGCCUGUCGAGCACCCUCGACGUGCAGACGCUGUGGAAGACGACGCGCAUCACGGGCCGCGAGAUGAUUUCCAACCUGCUCAAGGGGAAGCUGUGA